UUUUCUCGUUGAUAAUAAAGAAAAUCGAUGGCGUCGUCGUCAAACACAGAAAUCCAGAAGAUGAUCGUGCUGCAGAGCUCCGACGGGCAAAUAUUCGAGAUCGAGGAGUCGGUUGCUUCGAAUUCACAGACACUCAGAAACAUGAUUGAGGAUGAAUGCGCCGACAACACCAUCCCUCUCCCCAACGUCACUGCCAAGAUUCUCGCCAGGGUCAUCGAAUACUGCAAGCGCCACACCGACGCCGCCGCCAACGCCGACGAUCUGAAGAAAUUCGACGCUGAUUUCGUCGAUCCUGAUGACCAGGAAACGCUUUUCGACACCUUAUUGGCAGCAAAUUACUUAAACAUAAGCAGCCUGAUGGAUAUGCUAUGCAAAGCAAUAGCAGAGAUGUUGAAGGAUAAAGAUCCAGAAGUAACUCGCAAAAAAUUCAACAUAGUAAACGACUAUACUAAAGAGGAGGAAGAGGAAGUUCGCAAGGAGAACAGUUGGGCUUUUGAGGACUAGUUUAUUUGCAUUCUAUUUUAUUUUUUUAUUUUAGUAAUUUUUCUCUGAUUUUUUACUUUUUUUUUUCGUAGUUUAGUUUUUGUCUUUAGGGUUUUCUUGUUUCUUCUACAUUAAUCAAUAAUCAUUAUGGAUUAUUGAUAAACCUUUUUUUAUUUUGGCUGAAAUUCUUGUCAUCUUAGAUCUCAUUCAUUGUUUCAACAAUGUGCAAUUUUGAA